AUGUCACACGCAGCGCGGCGAUGUCAAGGCAGCAAGGAAACGCGGACCUACAACAUCAGUGUUGUUGGACUUUCCGGGACCGAGAAGGAGAAGGGAAGCUGUGGAAUAGGCAAGUCGUGCCUCAGCAGCAGGUUCUCAAGGCCAAGAGCGGAUGACUAUCACCACACGGAACACACUUCGAUACUGAGCCAAGUUGAUUUCGGCGGUCGGGUCGUGAAUAACGACCACUACCUUUACUGGGGCGGGGCAACGUGCACCGCAGACGGGGGACCAGAGUACGCCUUCAACGUCGUCGAACAAACCGAAUUUGUUGACGACGCCACUUUCCAGCCACACAGGAGCUCCGACUCCCGGCAUUACGUCAAACGCGCGGCCGCCACCAGGCUCGCCUCGGCCGAAAAGCUCAUGUACAUUUGCACUGACCAACUGGGAGUCGAGCAAGAUUUUGAGCAGUAUCCAAUGCCCGACAGUAAGCUGCACAUUGACGGCUUCUUGGCGUGCUUCGAUGUCAGCGUUUCCGCGCAGAGAAUGCUGCGAGAUCAGUUGAGGUUUCUGGAGGAGUUGGUGUCGCAACUUGUGAAAUUAAAGAAGCCCAUUUUGUUGGUUGCCACGAAGUGUGACGUGUUGGAUGAGCAGCACCUGAAGGAACUUCGAGCGUUUGCCUCUGGGAAAAAAGUUCGCCUGCCGAUAGUCGAGACGUCAGCAAGUGACAAUGUGAAUGUGUCGGCAGCAUUUCUGACUCUUGCACAGAUGAUUGACAAGCCGAAAGGAAAGCCAAAGUUGGUGCCAUUUGAGAAGGCCGCCAAGGAAGUCAAGGAACACCACCAAAGUGCCAUUAAGGAUUAUAAUUCUCGGUUGACAAAAAUUGUCACAGACUACCGCGUGACCUGGCAGGUGACUGGCAAGCAACUGGAUGACUGCCCGGAGUACGUCCAGCUUGUGGACUUGCUGGGUGCUAACAGGGCUGAAAGUUACUUUCGAGAACACAUCACGCGUUUGAAGGCUGCACAUAUCGAAGGAAAGGUGGCACAAUACAUCAGCUCUCUGCCCGACGCUUUUAACUCAUUGGUCCCUGACAUCACGGACAUUGAAUCCCUCAGCUGGGACGAGGCUUUGCUGCUCUUGCGGAAGAAACCAGAGUUUGGAUUGUGGUUUGUCGAGCUGUCCGAUGGGGUUUGGACCGACAGCGGUCGCGUCAACGCCGUCGCCGACGGGCGUGUCCCUGUUGCGUUUUUGCGAGAGUUCGGCCCUUCGCAUUUCCAAGCCCACGUGCGGAAAUUGCAGGUGCUGAGGAAGAAGGAGGAAAUGAAGGGAGCCCUUCGCGACACGUUGGAGAAUUCUGGCGAGGUGUUGCCAGGGAGGCCGUGGGAUGACGCACGGUCGUUCCUCAUCGACGAGGAGGGCUCGCGGACGCCGUGCGGGCGAGGGCGCGUUUCAAUCUACCGAGAGUGCCGAGGCAAGAUGACGGAUGAAGCGAAAGACGAAUACCAGGAGCUGCUCCUCGAGCGCUCGGAAACGUUCGCCGGCGUGGACAGAAACGAAGCGUUUGACCGCGACGAGAUAGCGGAGAUUCACCAGGACCUGGAACGUGACGGUCGCCACGAGGCGCUCAAGUGGGCGCCUGCCUUGAGAGAUGCGCUGAUCCUGAAACACGUGUUCUCUGUUCGUCACCCAACCAGGGAGUCUUGCUUCAGCAAAGAUAAGUGCACUGACCUGCAAAUUCCGCUGCUUCUCUCAAGUGCUAUUCCCAAAUUGGUAAGCAAACGUUCGGAAUCUUUAAUCAAUUUUGACAGUGCGGAUGCAUUUGAUGUCAUAAUAUUCGGUAGAGAUGGCCUCGCAAGCAAACUUUGCAGCGAAAUCAAACAACAAUCGGCCGGAAAUGAGUUCAUGGUGAAUGGGAAGGUUUAUGAGUUGGAACUGAAAGCAAUGGAUGGAGAUGUGACGGGCUUUGCAAACAUCAUGCAGAGUAACGUUUCUCAGCCCAGCGGAUGUCUGUGUGCUUUCAACUCAUUGAAAUCGUUAAAUUACAUCGUGGACAGCCUAGGAAGAGUGAAUUCUUGUGCGUCCUUCAUAAAGAAGGAUGGCCUCUCGAGCUGCAUUCCUGUUGCUUUGAUGCUGGCAAAUCAGAAGGACGUUACAGACAGAAAGCUGCCUUUGCUACGGCAGCAAGCCCAGCAAGCGGCCGACAAGCUACAAGUCUCUUUUAUCGAUUGCCCUUCUGAGAUGUCAUCUCCAAAACAAUUCCAUGAAACACAGAUCAAACGUGCCCUGAGUCAGAUCGUGAAUGCUUGCCAGAACACGACCCUUCUGCCCGACCCAUUCAGCAGCCCAGAGUCUGGCGCGCCCGACGUGAACAUCACCAUGUGUCUGAUGUGUGGAGACCCUUUCGACAUUGGCACGGUCCUAACGCCCUUUCUGGAAUUCUGCAGCAGUGGGCAUCCUGCUGGCAACGACUGCAUGAAUCUAGAAAUGUCUGUGGGAAUGCAGAGCAGAAGGAUCAAGGUUACCGUCAUCUCUUACCACGCAGCAAUGCUGAAGCGGGAAGAGCUCACCCAUGGCUACGUUUUGGUGUAUUCUGCCAAAAGAAAAGCUUCCUUUGCAAUGCUUCGAGCAUUCCUCUCCGACGUAACAGAGGCCAUUCCGGUUCUGCUCGUGGCCAUCACUGACAGCUCCGCAGAGUUUCUGGAAAAUGCGCUGGCAAGAGAACUUUUCCCCGAGGGCAGCCGUAUUGCGAAUGAGAUCGGAGCCGAGUCCAUUGCCGCACCCGCACAGCCGCAUUUUCACCGACAGAAGGAAUAUCUGAAGACGUUUUUCACCAAAGUUUUGGAGACGAAGGCUGUGGUUGAAGACGACUACAAGAGUGCCCGCACUUUGGAAUCGCGCAACGAAACGCCGCGGCAGGCGUCAUUGCCGUCAUUGACGUCGCCACCCGAGAGCGACGAUGACGAGGGCCAGCCUCGGUACAGCACAACGAGCAAUUAA